CAAAUUGUUGACCCGUUCCGACCACCCCUCCAGUGCUUGACAUUUGACUUUCCGCCCUCCCCCAGAAUUGCUUAGGACGUUUACUACCCUCCAUCGAAUAUGGGCUCCAUCUUCGAUGAUUUCAAGGAUGGCCAGAAGCUAGGCUCUGGUCACCGCCUUGCUGCAGCUCUGACACCCGUCUCAACCUCCGCGAACCCCGGCCGUUUACAGUCCUUCUAUUACUUCUCCAACGCUGCGCAUGUAUCCUCCGAUCUUCGCUACUCCCUCUUCCAGGCAAAUGGCAUCAAACUACCGAAACAAGAACAAAACUCUUGGGUGGACAUCUUCGCGGCCUAUUGGAGCGCUGUCGGGGAACUUGUUCGGUUCGAGGAGGCCCCGUCGCGCGCUAGCUGGGUUAAGGUGUUCAAUGCCUGGAAGGAAACUGCAAAUCAACUCAUCCGGGGAUACUCGACUGGCGGACUGCAAGCAUGGACUAUUCCAUGUCUAUAUGUGGUGGGAAGGUAUUUGCGACACUUUGCGCGGAGAGCGGAUGCCGAGCUGUCCUCCCAAGAGGCCGAUGGGUUCGGGGACGGCUUCCAAGACGAUGUGUCCAGUGGCCUCGAGAAGAACGCAAAGCUGGAGGAAGCCACUCGAGUCUUGAAUCGGAUGUUCACAUUGUGUCUCACUGACAGGUCUCCGAUCGAGGACUCCCGAAAGUGGGGAAUCUACGACACCACCAAUUUACUGUUCAAAACAUACUUCAAACUCAACACCGUUGGCUUGUCUAAGAACUUGCUGCGUGCUCUCAAUGCGCAAUCCGCCGACCUUCCCGACCUCAGCGCCUUCCCCAAGUCUCACACUGUCACCUUCAAGUAUUACAUCGGAGUGAUUCAUUUUCUGGAUGAGAACUACGCUGAGGCGGAGCAGCAUCUGGCCGAGGCUUGGAAGAUGUGCCAUCGGAACGCAAUGAAGAAUAGAGAGCUCAUCCUCACCUACCUCAUCCCUUGCCACCUGGUCACGACACACACGCUACCAAGCAAGAAGCUACUUGCGCCGUUUCCUCGCCUCGAAAAGCUCUACCGUCCAUUAUGCAACUGUAUCAAGUCAGGAGAUUUGGGGGGCUUCGAUGCAGCGAUGUCAGCUGGAGAGGAAGAGUUCGUCAAGAGACGCAUCUACCUGCCUCUCGAAAGAGGACGAGACAUUGCUCUGCGCAAUCUCUUCCGCAAGGUCUUCAUCGCUGGAGGCUUUGAGGAGCCCAAGGACGGCCAGCCCCCUAUCCGACGAACCCGAGUCCCGGUUGCCGAAUUCGCCGCCGCUGUCAGAAUCGGCACACAUGCAGACGAGAGGUCGCGUGUGGACAUCGACGAGGUCGAGUGUCUCCUAUCGAAUUUGAUAUACAAGGGACUCAUGAAAGGCUAUAUUGCUCGUGAACGUGGUAUGGUGGUGUUGAGCAAGGGCGGUUCUGCAUUUCCCGGGACGGGUGUCUAAGAUGUCCUUGCGGUUGCAACACUUCCCGUCAUGAUCAUUCGACCGUGAAACAACCCAUGCUCGGUCUAAUACUUAUCAGCAGCCACGUGGGCGAAAUGGUUGAACCAGUACCAGAGGCAUUGACUGUGAUCUGGUUACGCAUAUUCGCAGCUUAGCCCCGAGCUGGCCCCGAGCUGGCUAACCACGACCAACCUGCUAUGGCCAGUUAGGCGCGCACGAACAUCAGGCAAAGUCGUUACUGUUAGACCUUGAUAUCGGGCUAUAGCGAUUACUGAUGAUAUGACAUCCCCUUAUCGGCGCCCAUUAUAACAGACACUAUCUGAAGGCACAAGUCUCGCAGCCAGACCCCCAGCAUGCCAAGGACUUCUGCGGGGAUAGCACUACCUACUUGUGUACAGUACAUUGAUACAGCAUAUCAGCGCCGAGGAACUCAC